GCAUGGUAAUAAGCUACUAGUUAAGAGACCCUAAUAGAAAGUGUUACCAAAAAAGCAUUUCCAGAAGUAAAUAAAACAAACACUACCGUCACACACACAACAUGUAGAUUUAGAAUUACAUUCAGUUAGCCGAAUAUGAUCAAUCCGAAGUAAUGAUACAGCUGCAUUUUCAGUAAUGCUCUGUCAGCGCGAGAGAGAGUUUGGUGUGGAGUUGUUCCUCACGUGUGCAGCGGUGUUGGAUUGGCUGCCGGUGCCUCCCCUUCUGACACGCUUCCAUGCAGCGCAGCCGGAGCAGCGUGACUCUCAGAGCUGUCCAAGGGCACGCAGUGCACCUUCAGCGCGCCACAUAAAGAUGGAGGCUCUGGGCGUCCAAGUGCAGAGACCCUGCUCCUUUCCCUACAGCCGCUUUAAUCCAUCUGAGCAGCAGCAUGGCUCCUCUAAGCCCCCGCUGGGCUCGUCGGCCGUGACCUCUCGUAUCCUGCUCCGCCAGCAGCUGAUGCGCGAGCAGCUCCAAGAGCAGGAGCGGCGAGAGCAGCAGAGACGGCAGAGCUCAGCGUACGCACAGCCCUUGGUCACCCAGAGCCCCGCCAUCAACGUCAGCGUCCCCGCCGGCCUGCCCAGCGCCACCCAGGUGCCCGUGGAAGUGCUGAAGGUUCAAACGCAUCUUGAAAACCCCACGAAGUAUCACAUCCAGCAGGCUCAGAGGCAGCAGGUGAAGGCGUAUCUGUCCACCACACUGGGAGGAAAGCUCGGCUCGCAGGCCGUGAGCUUGCCGUGCCCCAGCCAGGCCCCUGACCACGGGGGAAUGCCUCCGGGGCCGGGCAACAGCGCCCCCAACAGUCCCAUGGCCUUACUGACCCUCAACUCCAACUGCGAGAAAGAGAUGGACGAUGUCAUUGAUGACAUCAUUAGUUUGGAAUCCAGUUACAAUGAUGAUAUCAUGGGACUGUCGUUGGACCCUGGACUUCAGAUGGCCAACACGAUCCCUGUGUCAGCGAACCUCUUGGACAUGUAUGGUAACCAAGGCAUGCCACCUCCGGGAAUCUCUAUCAGUAACUCGUGCCCUGCUAACCUGCCCAACAUUAAAAGGGAAUUCUCUGUUACUACAUCUCCUGCCAUGAUGCACAUGAUGGACAAGCCCAGCUCCUGUAGCAAGUUUGAGAGCUAUCAAAGGCCUGAAGGGUUUCCUGUGGAGGCAGAAGUUCGCGCUCUUGCAAAGGAAAGGCAAAAAAAGGACAACCAUAACUUAAUUGAGAGGCGACGGAGAUUCAACAUUAACGAUCGAAUCAAAGAACUGGGGACUCUGAUUCCUAAAUCGAAUGACCCGGACAUGCGCUGGAACAAGGGCACUAUUCUGAAGGCCUCUGUGGAUUACAUCAGGAAACUUCAGAGAGAGCAGCAGCGUGCCAAAGAGCUGGAGAACCGUCAGAAGAAGCUGGAACACGCCAACCGCCACCUGAUGCUCAGGAUACAGGAGCUGGAAAUCCAGGCUCGUGCUCACGGACUGGCCAUCGUCUCGUCUACACUCUGCGCCUCAGAGCUAGCGGCCCGGGCCAUCAAACAGGAGCCGGUCCUGGGCAACUGCACCCAGGACAUGUACCCUCACGCACACCCUUCUUGCCCCGACAUGGGCCGGUCCAGCACCCUAGACCUAAACGACGGCGCAAUCACCUUUAACGACUCUAGCACUUCCAGCGACGUUUACGGUCUCAUCCCGAAGGCGCACGGCACUAAACUCGACGACAUCCUGAUGGACGACACAUUGUCAUCUGUAGCAACAAGCGACCCGCUCCUCAACUCCAUCUCGUCCGGAGCCUCGACCGCAAGCAGCUGUAAGGACAGCGUGAACAUGGAGGAAAACGAGCAUGUUUGUUAGUGCGAGGAAACCUUCGUUUGGCUGGUCAUUGUUGUGUUUUUCCCACAACACCGUUGACCGCCAAAGAAGAAACGCGGCUUAUUUCGAAAAUAAUACUAUUUUUAUGUUUACACUUGUUUUAUUUUAUUGUAUUUUAACCUUAUUCCAGUUUCGUCUGCCCAAAUUUCAUUGUGUUAUAAUAAUAGCAAAAUAAUCAAGGUCAGUAUCAUAAAAAAAAAAGAUUGAUUCGUGUAACUUCACAUAGGUGUAUCAGAGUACGAUUUAAUCAACUUUGGGAUAAUAUAAAAGUGCACUUGAAAGGUGAUUUCUUUGGUUGUACAGUAGCGUGUUUGCGCACAGUUUAGAAGAAUAUUUCUCUUCUUUUAAUAUAUAUAUCCUUGUAAAGGAAUGACUUGAGCAGAAUGCUUCCCAUUUAACGUGUAGAUAUUAAAGUGACGUUCAAAGGGAUAGUUCACCCAAAAAUGAAUGCUCUUAAUUUAUUCACCCUCAGGUUAUCCAAGAUAUAGGUGACUUUUUUCUUGAGUAAAACAGUAAAAAAGAUUUUCAGCGGAAACUGUGGACAUUUGGGGGUUUAGAAGGGCUACCAUCACUUUAAAAAGUCAAGGAAACGUAUAUAGUCAACAUGAAAUUAAUACCCAUAAUGAUAUAUUGAGGUCUUAUGAAGCAAAGCGAUCAGUAUGUGCAAGAAACUGCAUAUUAUUAUCCAGAGCCUCAGACAAACGGUCCAGAGAGAUGUUCAGUUAGCAAAUGAAUCAUUCUUUUGGACUGACUCUUUAGUGAACUAGUCGAACCAAUCAACCAAAUCAGACUCUACCAUCUAAAAGAGUUCGUGACUCAAGCAGCACAGAUUUACAUGUCAGCCAAUCGAAAUUCACUUUCAAAUAUCUGACAGUCACUUCGACUCGAAACGAGCCAAAACUGUGGCAGGUAUCUGAUCCUGUAGUGAAUGAACCGAUUCGUCCAACAGUCGCUGAACUGAAGAAACAGUUAGACUGAAGACCGCUCGUAUGAGCACGCGUCAAACAAGCACUUAAAUGAAGGAGCCAAAUGAUAGUUUUUACGGUUCCUUAUUGUAAAAAAAGUGAAGGAACUAAAUUUAUUUUAUUUUAUAAAAUUUUUUUUCAUUUUUGGGUGAAAUGCUCCCUUAGCAUAGCUACAUUAAUCGUAACCAAUUCAUAGAUGUUGUGCAAAUUUCUGUUGAAUGUUGAGGAAACUUUUGAGCAGACGCUCUAUAAAUCGUAUCUUCCAGAUGAAAACGCACAAAAACAAUAGACGGACAAAGCAUGCUGAUCUGAAACAGCUGACCCAAAAUGAUUUGAUUCAGUUAUUAAUCAUUGGCAAUAUUCUCUCAGUAUUAAUGUUUCUGGUCCAGGAGAAUUUCACGUAGCACAGUGGAUUUGUGGAACAAUCUUAAGACCGUGAAGAAAUGCACACGUGGAAGGACGGUUUGCAAACAGCAUUUGGAAAAAUCCUACGGAUUUCCAGAUGUCCCGUAGAAUGUGCCAAGCAAUAAGCAAUAUUCAGUUUUCCCAGCUGAAAGCCUUCAAAAACUCUUCUUGCGUUUAUAUGCAGUGCCUAUAUAGUUAUGCCUAUAUAGUAAUGUAUUUCACCUUGUGCAUUUCUUAAUAAACCUUGAGGAUGCAUUUUGACAUGUGCAUCUCACAGUGCAUAAUCCAUAAUAAUGUGAAAUGAUUUUUUAACACAUAUUUCAUGACUAAAUAACUAGUCAUAAAAUAAUUCAAUUCCAAUUUAUUACCCUCUAAAACAUUUUUUCAUCAUUUUAAUUCAUUUCUGUUUUAAUAUGCCAUACAUUUUAAUUACACUAGCCCAGGUUUGUUUUUAUAUAUAUAUAUAUAUAUAUAUAUAUAUAUAUAUAUAUAUAUAUAUAUAUAUAUAUAUAUAUAUAUUAAGGACAAAGAUCUGGGGAUUUUUAUAUAUUGGUGGCAAAAACACUGGAAGAAUGAUAAUAUGUUGAAGACUAAAAAAGAAAAGACAAAGAAAAAAUAUUUUAUAUUUAAUUCUAACACUUGUUUGGGUUUUUUUUAUUCUUACUUGGUGUAAAAUGACUGACUAUGCUUGUAAUAAUAAGCUGUACUGUUACUGUAUAUUUCUGCUGUGCUCAAGUCAGAUGUACUGAUGUUUGCCUUUGAGUAGCAUUCAACUUGUGCCACUAUUUUGAUCACGUAGGUGCAACUAUUAUGUGUUGUUUCAUAGAACUAUGCAAAGAUAACUUUCAGUUGAGAAAUCAACCUGUAUGUAAUGGAAAGAUGUUGUAAGAGUUUAGCGUAGGUAACAAAGUCAGACCACUGUAAAGUGCCUUACAAAUCUGUCACUUAAAGCAAUAGUUCACCCAAAACUUCCAAACACGAACAGCAUUUUUUUUUUUUUAUGGUGGAACACCGAAAGAGAUAUUUAGCAGAGAAUUCAUGCUGCUCUUUUCCAUGCAUUGAAAGUGAAUGGGGAAUAGAACUUAUGGGGGCCAUCACAAAAAAAAAAAAAAAAAAAACUUAACUUAAUAUCCCACAAUUCUGCAAUUAAUGCAAAAAUGGUUAGAAAUGCUAAACUAAAAAAAACUUUCUCGUAAUUUCAAGUUUACAUCUCGCCAUGUUUUUUGUUUGUUUGUUGUUUUUUGCAAAAAAAAAAGAAAAAAAAAGGCAAUUGCGAUAUGUAUGUAUAUAUCUCACAACGUCACACUUCUUAGAAUUAAGUUUGUCUUUCAUUUCAGUUUUUGUUCCCGAAUAAAAAAAUACGGUAAAAAACAGUAAUUUGCAGUAUUUUGUCGCAAUUCAAUAAUAGCACCUUUUUUUUUACAAUUUGGACGUUUGUUCUCAGUUUUGUGAGUUUAUAUCAUGCAAUUCUGAGUUUACAUGUUGCAAUUCAGUUUAUUUGUUUGUGCCGCAAAAUGAAAAAAUUUACCAUUUUUAUUUUCUUGUAAUUAGAUCCAUGCUGAUCGCGGGGACUGCCAAUUUCAAAAAAGACUAAAGAAACCCCCUGAAUUCGUAAACAUGGGUUUGGAGCGAUGUGCGAGUAAGAAGGAGAUCGUUCUAAUUGUCAAUUUUGUGUGAACUAUUCCUUUAAAUGAAAUGCUCUAUUCUGUAUUUGUGACUUUAGACUUUAGGCAGUGGGACCUAACGGGUUCAGUCCUCGGGUGAAGUAGAGGGGACGAUCUCUCAGUAGGACUUUGUUUUGUAGUGCUUCGAGGCACUGCGGUGUAUUACAUAAACUCCCUUGCCCCAAUAGACAGAAACUACUGAAAGUCGUCCUCUGAAUGUAACGUUACAGUGUUGACUACUAAAAUGUUGCCAAAUUCCAAGUGGAGUCUAAAUAUGCAGUGAAACUGUUAUGUAUCUCGUUGUGGAUUUAUAGCAAAACUGGCUGUUGCAAUUUCUUCUUCCGAGCAAUAAUUUAGACAAUCAGGUAACGGGUAAAGCACAAGGCUCCUGUAUGAACGCGUACGCAUCCGUGACAUCAACGAAAGGUGCCUUCAAAACAGGCUUCCAUUGAACUUCAACCAAACGUCUUUUAAUAUCAAACACAGUCUGUCUUUUAUAGAAGUGUCUCGGCUAAAGAUGGUUUUCGUUUUGUUAAUAUACUUUUGUAUUAUAUUUUUGAAGCUUAACCAAACAUUAUUUAAGAAAGGAGCUUGUAAAGUUGAUUUUUUUGGGGUUGAAUCGAAUUUCUUAUAAAGCGUUAAUUUCCUAUGAAUUCAGUACUGGAAGCCGGCCCACUUUAAACCUGUUGGGAAAGUCACCUUUCACUCAAAGCGCGAAGCUUCCGCUGAGAGGCUUCGUGAGGAACGUAGCAUUUCAUUGUUGGGUUUUAAAGCUUGUCAAGUGUAUGAAAAUGUUACAGACGUUGAAAUAAAACUGAGUGGUUUUCGCAA